AUGGCCUCCGAAAGUCAUCUACCAAUUAUCGAUCCUGAGGAUAGCCCGGUAUCGGCUAUUCCAGCGCCAGAAUCAGCAGCUGCUGAAGAAAACAGGAGGUUGCGCGUCCGCAUAUUGGAGAUGUGGGACGCCUGGUCCAAUGGCAAAGAACCACCUAGUACAAUCCCCGGAUUUCCUAAACUGCUCCCCAGGACGGGAAGAAAUGGCUCGGAAGAUAAGAAGCCUAGAACAAAGCCUGAAAAGCAUGCAAGGGCUGAGUGGCCAAAAGAGCGUCUCAGCUUCCGCGAAUAUGCUAUUAAACGGCGUGAGCAGGCAGCCAGAGUAAAGCCUCCCAUGGAUGAAACCGAAAUGGUUGAGGUCUUCUUACAGGCCCAGGAGGCCGAUUAUUUUGAGAAUAUGAUGUCCGCCAUGGAUAAACAUUUUGCAGAGGCAAUAAAAAUUAGAGAAAUGGUAGAAAAUGAUCUGAAAACUGGCGGAAUAUUAAGUCAAUCUGCUUUGCGUUCCACCUCCCAAGCCAUCCAGAAUGGCUCGGGGGGUUUGGCCAAUCGAAAGAAGAGGGAGGAAAGAGCCAUGCUGGCUUCAGGUUCAAGAGGGCCCCGUCGAUCAUAUGAUCAUUCCUACAUGACGCCCAGAACCCCGCAACACUACUAUCCCCACCAAGAUGCUGCUUAUGCCGUGGCACUGCCUCAUUAUGCGAUGAUGAAUGCUCAACCCUAUACACGGCCACAACAACACUACAACCAAGCCCGAGAUCCAUCUCCCAGAAAUAACCAUCCUCACAUAGCUCCAUAUAACCCCCGUCCACCGCCAAACAACUACCAACAUAAUUUACGCCCUCGUGAGCCUCCCAGGAGAAACAACUUCAUCCAUGUUGGUGAAUCCUACUCUAGCCUAUUUUCGAAGCUAAUCCAAAUGGGUCUAUUGCAACCUGUACCCCCAAACCGGCAAAAUCCUGAAUCCUCAUCAUACCGACCCAGUACCAGGUGUGCCUACCAUUCAGGAGCAAAGGGUCAUGAUACGGAGGAUUGUUGGACCCUGAAGAGGGCUGUUGAAAAUUUGAUAGAACAAAAACGAGUGGUGGUGAGGGACGAGGAAGUCCCUAAUGUGAGUAACAAUCCGUUACCGGCUCAAAAUGAUGGGCCGACCAUUGGAAUGAUUUGGGAUGACAAGGAAUUCAAACCAGCCUUGAAAGCCAUCAUCGCCAUCGCCUAUUCAGAAGCAAGACCCAAAGCGGCGGUGAAACAAACCAAAAUUGAGAAGAAAGUCAUUCCAAUUCCUCAAGCUGUUGGAAAAGUUGUAGAAACAAAAACUAGGGAAGCACCUAUUAAGAAUGCGAUUCUUUAUGUCCCUAAGGCCCUAAGAAAAGAACAACUCAUUUUGAACACUCCCAAAAGAUUCGAGCAAAGGAAAGCCAUGUUGAAUGUGCCGAAGUUGUAUGUGCCAAAAGGGAGCUAUGUGGCGCGGGGGCCGAACCCUACCGCAGUCCCCUGGAAUUACAACAGAACAGUAGUUACUUACAAGGGGAAAGAGGUCAUGGGAGAGGUGAACGAAAUGAAUCAAUCUGGGAAGUACCACAAUCCAGAAGAGUUAAAGAAAUCAAAACUAAACAAGGAUAAACGGUUGCCACCCAAGAAUCCUGUCUCGCUUUUAUCUCUGUUGUUGAGCUCGAAUGAACAUCAGAAGGUACUCUUGAAAACAUUGAACGAGGCAUAUGUCCCAGUUGAAACUUCAAAUGAACAAUUGGAGAGAAUGGCUGAACGAUUCUUUGAGGUCAAUAGGAUUUCUUUCAGCCACGAUGAUUUGCCCCCAGAGGGAGCCGCCGACAACAAAGCCCUUCACCUGAUUGUCAAAUAUGAGGGCUAUUAUGUAAAGAGAGUCGUUCUAGAUGGUGGUUCCAGGGUUGACAUUUGCCCUCUCUCAACGCUCCAGAGGAUGGAGAUUGGAACAGAAAGAAUCCGACCAAACAAUGUCUGUGUGCGCGCUUUUAAUGGUGUCAAGCGAGACACAAUAGGGGAAAUCGAUUUGAUUUUGAUCAUUGGCCCCGUGGAUUUCGAAGUGACUAUCUAG